GGUGUCAGACAAUCAGACCCUUCAGUCAUGUUGUCCGAGGUGCAGCCGUGUUUCCAGCUGCUUCGGAUCGGGUCGUCGGGCGGGGACUCGGCGCGGGAUCUGUACACGUUCCGGCCGGCGCUGAGCCAGUCGGUGUUUCGCCUCGGGAGGGCGGCGGAGCUGUGCGACGUCACUCUGGACUCCGCAUCCGUGUCCAGGAUCCACGCCGAGCUGCACGCCGAGAGGGAGGGGAACUCUGAUGAUGUGGUGUCACAGGAGGAAGGAUGGAGGGUCCACGUCAAGGACCGGAGCAGCCACGGCACCUGGGUCAAUGAGGUCCGCCUCCAGCCAGGCAUCCAAUGGGAGCUCUCGGAUGGCGACACGCUGGUCUUUGGCGGACAGUCUGCUCCAGGGAGCCCAGAGUUUUACUUUCUCUUUCAGAAAGUCAAAGUUCGCCCCCUGGACUUUGAUGCUAUCACAAUUCCUAAGGCGGGAACGUUCUCCUCUGACAUCCGGGAUCGGAUCAGAACCAACCUGGAUCGUAAAGUCGCGGCUAACCUGGACCUGUCCAAGCUGUCAAUCAACCGGGCCACGGUCAUCCUCAACUCCAUCGGCAGCCUGAGCAAGAUGAAGGGUAGCGCCUGGACCUUUAAGAGGAGCCACAGCCACGAGGGGACCGUCUCCGACCCCGGCUCCUCGUCCUCGCCUCCCCUCGCCGUGGGCUUCUCCUCCCUGCUCCCUCCCUCCACACCUCCAGCCUUCUCCGCUGCAGUGUCAGUGCCUUCAAACAAAUCCCUCCCCGCUGCCUCCAGGAGCAGGAGGAAGUCUGCUCACACGGUUCUGCUGGAAGACGACAGUUCAGACGAGCCCAGGAGUCGAGGAGCUCUGGGAGGAGUCGUGGAGGACGGACAGAGGGCGAGGGGGAAGAAGAGGCGGCGACUCUACAAGUCGGAGUCGGAGGGUUUCCACUCGCCUCAGGCUUUGCCGCUGCAGAAACACAGUGAAGUCAGGCGGCCCCUGGAGGUCAAGCCCUUCCCCGUGGGCAUCAGGACCAUCGGCAGCUUCCACGGAGCCAUGACCAACAGCCGACUGAACCACCACCUGCUGCACGUGAACCACGCCGCCCCCGCCGGACACAGACAGGAAGUGGAGACCACGUACCGGGUCCAGACCGUCAUGCACGGGAACAUCACAGCCUUCAGACAACAGAAAAGCGCCCACAGCUCCCCGUCAGCACCCAGGGGCAGGCGGAGGGCCAACAGCUCCCCAGUCUUCUCCCCCCUGGUGGUCGGAGGGGAGAACUACAGCCUGGCCUCACCCUCGGUGAGGAUCCGGACUGAGGACAGAGGGAGGGUGCAGUUCAACAGGUUCCACCACCAGACCAGUAAACGUCGGGGGCGGCCCAGAAAACACCCCCUCCCUCCCCGCCCCUCGUUGCCCUCUCCAUCCUCCUCCUCUUCCUCAUCCACCUCCUCAGCCUCGUCUUCCUCCGGCUCCUCCUCCUCUUCCUCCUCAGACGACGACGAUGAUGACGAUGAUGAGGAGGAAGUGAUGGGCGGCGGCGUGGAGCCGUGUGCCGCCCAGCGGUGUCGGCUGCCCCAGCAGGACACGGUGCAGUGGAUCCAGUGCGACGUGUGCGACGCCUGGUACCACAUAGACUGUCUGCACAUCGACCGCAAGAAGCUGCUCCGCGACCCCAACGCUGACUUCCACUGCGGCUGCCGCUGACGUUGGGCGGCGAAAUGAGCCAAAUCCUCGGAUACGUUUAUUUCUUCUUUGCUCCAAGUCGGGUUGAUUGUUCUAAUGGUCACCGCAUCGACGAUCAGCCCUGAAACAAGAGUUCACACACUUUUUUUUACAUCCAGCCUGCCUCUGUCAUCACAUUCUGGUCUUUUAUGGCUCAGGCUUUGGAUAAAAUGGAACUGAAAAGGUCCGGUUUUAUUGGAGUGUGAGUAGGGCUGGGUAAUAUCCAAAAACAUGCAACCAAAAAACUGUGGUUUAAACACUGAUUCCUGAAAAGUAGUCGCUGAAAAUCCUUUUGCACAAAAAGAAAAUGACAACAUAAUACAUGCCCUUGGUGCUAGUUUUCAUCUCCUAUGCAUUUAUACACUUAAAUCAAAUUCAUAGAGUAAAAAAAUAUGAACAGAUUUACUAAAAAUACUUGCAUUUAAAUUAUGUUUCAUUUCUUUAUUUGUGUGUUUCUGCACCGUGGGAUUUUCCAUUAAAACGAGUUCAACAACAUAAAACGCACCUAUUUUCCGUGACCUUGGAACACAAUAGAGAGAAAUAAAAAUGUAUAAAAGCAUAAAAUUGCAGAAGCAGUGGCAGAAAACAUAAGGUUCUGUCAUGUUCUUAGGAUGAAUUGAAAUAGUUUUGGUGCUUUGUGAAGCUCUGGUGGAACAAAUGAGACUGGUGUUUGUAACAGGCAAAAUAGUCACCAGCAUUAAUGGAUAUUUGUACAGUUCUGCUUUUAACUCAUGGGUGGAUGAGAUUUACUCACUGAAAUUUGGAAUUUGUGAUGAUAUAAGGAUGUCAGUCUGGGCUGUAGAUGUACUAAGUUUAUUACCCAGCCCUACAGGUGGGAAAGGAUGAGUAACCUCUAACUGUACCUGUCUGUGGCCGGCCUGUGCUUGUCAGGAAGAAAAACGAGGCUGCCAUGUCUGGAGUCUUUCUCAGCGCAGCCUCUUUCACCAUUUUUCAAACCUUCAGUGGACCUUUAGUCUUCUGUCCAAGUUGUUACCGCGGCCAAAAAAAACCCACUCACCCCGUAAACGAAAACUCCGCCGGGUUGGU